AUGAAGUCACGGAUUGCUUACAGCCCAGUUAUUGUAGCAACAAGGAGACGGAAAUAUCGCAUUUCCUUCGUUAAAACGAACAGACAAUUGAACUUUGCAUCUCCUAUAAUGAGCAUUGGUAUCCAGUGUCCGGGACUGUUCCACCGACACAAUGCAGGGCAAGAUGCACAAGGUUUGAAUCCUGGUCAAGCCAAAAGGAUUCUUUCCAAGAGUGUUCGUAUACAAUUCACUAAA